AUGCUACCGAAGGCAGGUGCUUUCCUGUCCUUCCUGUCCAUGCUUUUGUAUGUUGUAGUUGCUGAUGAUGCCGGUUUGGACGCUGAUCCAUACUUGCAAUAUCGGCCAGCAUAUGCUCGCUCGCUUCCAAUUCAAAUCCUGCUCACCGGCAUCGUCUUGACCCUUGUCGCUGUCCUAUUUAUUCAUCUCAUAUUCACCGCCCAGUAUCAUUGGCCACUGGCCCCCGUCAACUAUGUCUUGCAAAUAUCCGGUGUCACUACCCUCCUUAUCUCCCUCAUUGCUACCCUCCAUGUUGUACUCUCUGCAACACUGGAAGAAAGUCAAAAAUGGCCAUAUAUGCUAUCCUAUAUCGCCGUCAAUGUCCCCCCGAUGGAUACGAGUGAGACGAGUAUAUGGACUAAGGCCGAGCUAGCAACAUGGCUAAUCAUGAACGCUGCAACGUCUGGACUCAUUCAGAUAACGCAUAUACAAUUCUUGACACUUUUAUAUCCUUCUCGACUGGAAGCAAGACUUAUCUUUUAUCUGCUGAGUGCGGCACAAUUGUCCUAUCUCAUUGACAUACCUUUGGCUGUGUUGGCUGCCGUCAUGCAGCUCACACCAAUAUCAGGCGGCCUUGGAGUAAUAGAUGUCGCCACGGCUAUUCGGAAUGUCUGCAACGCGACACUAUCUCUUUUGUUCACGGUUGCUCUUUUUGUCUGGGGUAUACUCGUGAAUCGCAAACAGGCCUGGCGUACGGAUGGCGGUACCGCGGCCUUUGGUUGUGCCGCUCUUUCACUGGCCCUCGUUAGUACAGCUCUCAAUUUUCUGUACAUUCCAAGGGAAGAAGAAUACGUCUGGCUUCCGGGUUUGAUGUGGGCGGUCGUGCUGUGGCAAAGUUUCUUAGGGUGGUGGUGGUGGGUUGGUGCAGGAACUGGAGCGAAUUAUGAUUUUCCACAACGGAGGGAGGGGAGACGGCAAAAGAAAAAACGAGCCUCGAAAGAGCAUCGAAAAGGAACCCGGGAGCGCGCGCAACUAGUAUGGCGCGGCGUUACGGGUGCUUUCGGUGUCCGACAAGAAGGAAUGGAGAUGACUUCAACAAUAGUUCGCCGCCGUUCGGUACCACAUGCUCCCGAUUCUCGUUCGAUGUCACCGGAGGCGCCUAGGUCUCUUUCGGAAGAUCGUCAUGCAACUUCAUCAUCUACCGCUUCGUUUACAUCAAACGGAACUCUUCCACGCAUUCUUCCUGCCGCAGUCUACCGCUGGUAUACACUGCUCCGACAAGCGCACGUAGCUGCUACUCGACAACAAGCCAUCGAACGCGCAGAUCGAAUACGAGAGCUUGAAGAGGCGGGUGCGCCGAACUUGGCUGACACAGGCUGGGGCCUGGGCAGUUUCGCUUGGAGAUCGGGAAGGGUUAGGCAGCAUGGACGUACGCAAGAGCGUGACAGGUAUCCCAGACGGAAUUCCCAGCAGGAACAAAACGAGGCCGCUUCUUGCCAAGAAACUGAUGUAACAUCGGUCGGGGAAGAUAGCCAUGACGAAGAGGAUCGUCCAGAUAAGACCUCAGAAACAAUGAAGCGUGAAGUGGUCCGUCAUCGUCAGUCAUUAUGGUGGUGGGGCCCUUUGGGUCGUUGGCGCCUUCAAGAUUCGACCGUCUAUUAA